AUGAACAUGAACCUAUGGCCAGUCCGAUUCGGGACUCUAUUUGAGGUUGUGGUUUUCUCAUGCUUGUGGUUGCAAGUUUCAAGUCUUGGCUCCAUGUCUUCCAUUGCUGUCACUUAUGGCGACAAAGGGUCUGCGUUUUGUGGCUUGAAAUCGGAUGGAUCUCACACUGUGAACUGUUAUGGGAUGAACUCAGCCAUAAUUUAUGGAACACCAACACAUUUUCCUUUCUUUGGUCUAACUGCCGGUGAUGGCUUUGUGUGCGGGAUUUUAAUGAGUUCUAGUCAACCAUAUUGCUGGGGUAGCAGUAGCCAUGUUGAAAUGGGUGUGCCACAACCUAUGGUUAAGGGAGCUCAGUACCUAGAGAUCAGUGCUGGGGAUUAUCACGUUUGUGGAUUGAGGAAACCAUUGACUGGAAUACACAGGAAUACUUCUUUGGUUGACUGUUGGGGGUACAACAUGACAAAUAACUAUGUGUUUGAUGGGCAGGUUCAAUCCAUAUCAGCUGGUUCUCAAUUCAAUUGUGGCUUGUUUUCUCAGAAUAGAAGUGUGUUCUGCUGGGGGGACGAGACUAGUAGCCAAGUUAUUAAUAUGGUCCCAAAAGGCAUGAGGUUCCAGAAGAUCUCUGCUGGAGGGUACCAUGUGUGCGGAAUCUUAGAAGGGGUGAACUCUAGAGCUGUUUGUUGGGGGAGGAGCUUGCUGGAUUUUGGGGAAGAACUUUCAAUUUCAUUGACACGUUCAGCACAAGGACAAGGUAACGUUGAAUUGGCUCCAAAUGAUCCCAUGCUUUCUGUGGCGGGAGGGAAGUUCCAUGCAUGUGGCAUUAGGAGCUCUGAUCGUGGAGUGGUUUGUUGGGGUUAUAGUUUCAAAGCAGGCACCCGAGUUCCCAGUGGGAUUAAGGCCUUUGAGAUUGGUGCUGGAAAUUAUUUUACCUGUGGAGUACUUGUUGAGAAAUCUCUUAUGCCUGUUUGUUGGGGCGUUGGCUUCCCUACUUCUCUCCCUUUGCCUGUCUCACCAAGAAUGUGUAGGACUACUCCAUGUCCUCCAGAUUACUUUGAAACCUCACAAAAUGGUCUUUGCAAGUCACCAGAUUCCCAUGUUUGCAUGCCAUGCAGUGCUGCUUGUCCUCCUGAGAUGUAUAAGAGAAGGGAAUGCAAUUUGAAAUCUGACAUACUAUGUGAAUAUAAUUGUUCUCUUUGUACCUCUCCUGAAUGCCUCUCCAAUUGCUCCUCUUCCUAUUCCAAUGCUGCCUCUGGCAAGAGAAGUGAAAGAUUUUGGUCUCUACAACUGCCGGUGAUUAUUGCUGAGAUAGCUUUUGCUGUUUUCUUUGUUUGCAUUGUGUCUAUAACUGCUGUGUUGUAUGUUCGCUACAAGCUAAGAGAUUGUCAGUGUUCUUCUGCGGGAGGGUCAAUGGGGAAGAAAGUAAAAGAGAGUUCCUCAAACCAAAAGGAGAAAUCCAAGGUCCGACCAGACUUGGAGGAGUUCAAGAUUAGGAGGGCACAGAUGUUCCCUUACGAGGAACUUGAAAGAGCAACUAGUGGAUUCAAAGAAGAGUCCAUAGUAGGGAAGGGAAGUUUUUCUUGUGUGUUCAAAGGGGUUCUCAAAGAUGGCACUGUUGUUGCUGUUAAAAGGGCCAUAAUGUCUCCCAACGUGCAGAAGAAUUCCAAGGAGUUUCACACUGAGCUUGACUUGCUUUCUAGGUUGAACCAUGCACACUUGCUCAAUCUACUAGGCUACUGUGAAGAAGGUGGAGAGAGACUCCUGGUUUAUGAGUACAUGGCUCAUGGUUCAUUGCAUCAACACCUUCAUGGCAACAAAGUGAUGAAAGAGCAAAUGGAUUGGGUGCGAAGGGUAACAAUAGCAGUGCAAGCAGCUCGCGGAAUCGAAUAUUUGCACGGCUAUGCUUGUCCGCCAGUGAUUCAUAGAGACAUCAAGUCUUCAAACAUCCUCAUUGAUGAAGAACACAAUGCCAGAGUGGCUGAUUUUGGUUUGUCACUACUUGGUCCUGCAGAUAGUAGCUCCCCACUGGCUGAACUACCAGCUGGGACUCUUGGCUAUCUUGAUCCUGAAUACUAUAGGCUUCAUUACCUUACCACGAAGUCUGAUGUAUACAGCUUUGGUGUUCUACUUUUGGAGAUAUUGAGUGGCAGAAAAGCCAUUGACAUGCAAUAUGAAGAAGGGAACAUUGUUCAAUGGGCAGUGCCUCUGAUAAAGUCGGGAGAUAUAGCUUCAAUUUUAGAUCCAGUUUUGAAACCUCCUCCUGAUCUUGAUGCACUGAGAAGAAUAGCUAAUGUAGCUUGUAAAAGUGUGAGAAUGAGGGGGAAGGAUAGGCCUUCAAUGGACAAAGUGACAACAGUUUUGGAGAGAGGUCUUGUACAGUUGAUGGGGAGUCCUUGCAUUGAGCAGCCAAUUUUGCCAACUGAGGUGGUUUUGGGAAGUAACAGAUUGCACAAAAAAUCAUCUCAAAGGUCUUCAAACAGGUCAGCCUCAGAAAGCACUGAUGUGGAGGAUCAGAGGUUUGAGUUUAGAGCACCCUCAUGGAUCACCUUCCCCAGUGUCACUUCUUCUCAAAGAAGAUCAGGUUCAGAGGCUGAUGUUGAGGGUAAAAAUGCAGAAGGGAGGAAUUUGGGCAAUGUUGGAGGUGGUGAUGUUUUAAAAAGUCUUGAUGAAGAGAUUGGUCUUGCCUCUCCUCAAGAGAAACUCUUCUUGCAACACAACUUCUAA